UGGAGUCCGGGUCCGCGCGGGAGCGCCAUGAGCGCGCGCCCGGGCCAGUGACCCUGUCGGGGAUGGACUGCGGCUCGGUCGCGGGCGAGAGACCGAAGCACUCGCUGAGCCGCCGGCGGCUCCUGCUCUUCCUGCCCUCGGGCCGCGGCGGAAGCCUGGGCGGCCGCGGAACCCCCACGCGCCGCUGCGUUUCCCCGCUGCCCUGCGGGCUGGGGUCGCUGCGGCCCCGCGCCGCGGGGGCCCGCGGGGGCGCGUCACGUGCGGCCCCGCUGCUCCUCCUCCUUCUCGUGCCCUCCCCGCGGCUGGUCGCCGCCGCCCCGCGCAGGCCCCUGGCCGACUGGGGGCGCUCGCGUCCUGGCCCCGUCGUCCCCGCGGCCGGGCGCGGCGGCGCGUGGAGGUGCGCGCUGGGCCGCGCGGGCGCGGGCGGCGCCCUCCACCUGGGCCGCGGCGUGGCGGCCGCGCUGGCUUCCUGCAGGAGAGAGCUGAGCCUGUCUGCGGGGUGCCUGCAGCUGGAGCACAGGACAGAGUUCACCUCCUCUGGGAUUAGGAAGCUCUACUUUGACACCCAUGCCUUGGUGUGCCUGCUGGAAGAAAAUGGUUUUACUACUCAACAAGCAGAAAUCAUGGUCUCUGCACUGGUCAAGAUCAUGGAGACCAAUAUGAACAUCGUCUACAAAGACAUGGUCACCAAGGUACAGCAGGAGAUCACUCUUCAGCAAAUAAUGUCUAAGAUUGCUAAUGUGAAAAAGGAUAUGAUCAUUUUGGAGAAGAGUGAAUUUUCAGCUCUCAGAGCAGAAAAUGAGAAAAUAGAACUUGAACUACAUCAAUUAAAGCAACAAGUAAUGGAUGAAAUGAUCAAAGUCCGGACAGAUACCAAAUUAGACUUCAAUCUGGAAAAAAGCAGAGUAAAAGAAUUGUACACAUUGAACGAAAGGAAGCUGCUGGAAUUGAGGACAGAAAUCAUGGAAUUGCAUGCCCAGCAGGAUCGUGCCCUGACGCAGACAGAUAGGAAGAUAGAAACGGAGGUCGCUGGCCUCAAAACCAUGCUUGAGUCGCACAAGCUCGACACCAUCAAGUAUCUAGCAGGGUCUGUAUUUACAUGCCUGACAGUAGCUCUGGGAUUUUAUCGCCUGUGGAUGUAAUAAAGGUGUCUAUUUAAAGAGAUUUCCAUUGUUUUGCCUUAAGAAUACCAGACUAUUGUCUCUUUUUUUUUUUUCUUGUUUCAAAUUUUAAUUCUGAUUUGACUUAAUGCAUACUGUUUAUUUUUACACAAAUUAUGGGCACAUAGACAAAGUAAAGAAGUCAGGGACUCUCUGAUCAUCCUUUUUGCCUUCUGCCUAGUUAACUUGAUAACUAAGGGGUGUGGCCCACACCUGGACGACCCCACUUAGUGAUCCAUGCACUUGGUCUGACCUUGGUGCAAUACCGACAAUAAGUGUUUUUGUAAUUCCCUACAAUUCGAAAUCUUCUUGUCACAUAGAGGACUUGGGGUCUUCAUUAAAAGGGGACUGUGGCUAUAAGCGCUGAAGAAUCAUUGACUCCAACCCUGAGCGCCCACUCCUCACCCACCCUCCCCUCACCGCUCCCCGCCCCAGCGCUGCCUCUGCUGGGCUGGUUCUGGUUAAUACAGCUGUACUUCUGCUCCUAAAGAAUGCUUGCUGCCGACUCCGUUGUCUUAGUAAGUUACUGUUAUGUUAUUUUUAAUGUGCCUUCCAGCUAGAAAAUCUUGCUGCCUAAUGAAGCGUUGUAAUUGUAAUGGGAACUCUUGCUGCUUAGGAUGCUAGAUCCCCCUCGUGUCUUGAACUGUAAUGCUGCUCUGCUGAGGCACUGCCACCCAGAGGACCCCUCCUCCUCGGCCUGGUCAGCUGCAGUGUGCGCUUCAGCCUGGUCCCUCCUCAUCUGCAUCUUCGUUUUCUACAGGGGAGCACUCGGCUCCCUCCUGCAGGUUGUCUAGACAUCUGGCUGUCCUGUCGCUCUAAAUGAUGAAGCCCACGCCUGUCCGAGUGCUGCCUGUGACAAGCUCAGCUGCGCCUUCCGAGUGAGGACUGGCUUCUGUUGCUGAGACGUCCUCAGGCCUACCCUACCUCUGUAUUUGAAACAAAUAAAUCCUAGGUGCAACUGGG